AUGGACAGAAUAUAUCUCUACAAUUUACCUGGACACCUUUUCUUAGGCCUUGUCCUAAUACGAAGCAAGUCUCGGUGUUCUAAGAAGAAAACCCCCAAACUGGUGACCAUUAAGGAGUCGCGUCGUUUUAUGAUCGAUUGUUUCAAGGCUCUCAAUGUGCCGGAUAAGCAUGCUGUGGCCCAGGCCGAUCUCUUGGUGGGCGCGGAUUAUCGUGGACACUUUAGCCAUGGCAUGAACCGACUAGAGAUGUACAUCAACGAUCUGGCAAUCAAUUCCACAGAUGGCUGUGCCGAGCCAGAAAUACUCAAAGAAACCAAAGCGACUGCCUGGGUGGAUGGACACAACGGAUUGGGCGCUGUUGUGGGCAACUUUUGCAUGGAUUUGGCCAUCAAGAAGGCCAAAGAUGUCGGAGUGGGCUGGGUCUGUGCCAAGGGAUCCAAUCACUAUGGUAUGGCUUGCUGGUACGUUCUUAGGGCGAUGGAACACGGCCUCGUUGGCAUGUCCAUGACAAACACUUCGCCAUUGAUGGCUCCAACGGGUGCCAAGGAGGCAGCACUUGGCACAAAUCCCAUCUCUUUGGGUGCACCUGCUGCGAAUUGUGAUAGUUUUCUGCUCGACAUGGCCACAACUGCGGUGGCUGUCGGGAAGAUUGAGAUUCAGCGCAGGAAGGGAGCUCCUCUGCCCGAUGGCUGGGCACAGGGACCCGAUGGUAAGGUGACAAACGAUGCCGAGCUGGCCUUCAACACGGCCUGUUUAAUGCCCCUGGGCGGCUCCGAACUGAACGCUGGCUAUAAGGGCUUUGGUCUGGGCGCCAUGGUGGACAUUUUGACGGGUGUCAUGUCCGGCGCCAAGUACUCCACACAGGUGCGAAAAUGGACGCACACGGGCGCCGACAUAAAGGCAGAUCUGGGGAAUGUUUUCAUUGCUGUCGAUCCCAAUUGUUUUGCUCCUGACUUCGAGGAGCGUAUGAGCGAUUUCAAUUGUCGUUUGAGAGGAGUUCAACCUACCGAUCCCAAAAAGCCUGUAAUGAUUGCCGGCGACAAGGAGACGAAGAACAUGGAGAACGUGGAUAAAGCGGGGGGCCUUGAGUAUCUGGAGAAUCAGCUAAAGACCUGCGAAGAACUGGCCAAGAGACUUAAAAUAAAACCAAUGAAAUUUAUCUAAGCCGAAAAUGGUAUAGAUCCCUAUCUUUUCCAACUAUUUUUAAUCUCACAUGUAUCGCCAACAUUUUAAAUAAAUUAUAAAAGUGAAUAAAAACAAACCUAG